GGGCAGUGAGCCGGAAGCGGAAGUGGCGCUGCUGGUCUCCAUGGCGGCGCCCUUAGCAACGGAGGUGCUGAGGGAGGCCUAAGAAGGCGGCGGGUGGCCGUGUUUGCACUCCCUGCUCGCCGCCGGAGGGGGUCGGAAGGAUGGCGGAGAAGUUCGACUCCCUGGAAGAGCACUUGGAGAAGUUCGUGGAGAACAUCCGGCAGCUGGGCAUCAUCGUCAGCGACUUCCAGCCCAGCAGUCAAGCAGGCCUCAACCAGAAACUGAAUUUUAUGGUUACAGGCUUGCAAGACAUUGACAAGUGCCGACAGCAGCUUCAUGAUAUCAGUGUGCCUUUGGAGGUUUUUGAAUAUAUAGAUCAAGGUCGCAAUCCCCAGCUCUAUACUAAGGAAUGUUUGGAAAGGGCUCUAGCUAAGAAUGAACAAGUGAAAGGCAAAAUUGACACCAUGAAGAAAUUCAAAAGCCUAUUGAUUCAAGAGCUGACUAAAGUGUUCCCAGAGGACAUGGCCAAGUACAAAGCUAUUCGGGGUGAAGAUUCUUCUCCUUAAUUACAUUCUCAGUUGUCCGACAUUUUUGUCUAGACACUGCCAGCAAGCUAGUGUGACAAUAUUUGACUUAACUGGGGAAAUGAAGCUGUUCCGUCUAACAGAAGCAUUUAUUAAAUUCUGUAUUCCCUGGCUAGGAUGGAACCUGAGUGUGCUACGUCUGGCCAUUAAGGUUUCUUAAGGAUUUCCAGUAAGAAGCCAACCAUUUUCUCUUUAAUUUGACUUCAGGUUCAUAUUUGAGAAGGAGGCUAUCAGCUUGGUUUUUUUGUUUGUUUGUUUGUUUGUAAGAUUCUGUUUGAAUUAUUCAACAUUCUUCAACAUAUCUGCCUUACUUUAUCUAACUUUGUGUAAGUUAGGUCAGGUCAAGAAGGUGGCUUUGUCUCCUUUUGAUGCUCUACAACUUACGAAAUGGGGAAGUAAAAUAAACAUGUUAUCUCUUUCAUGGAUAAUGUAAAGGUUUGUACAUGGGUUGUUCUGUUAUGCUUUUGUCUGCUGAAACAGUAAAAAGAAUUUAUUCUGUGCUUCUAAGAAUAAGCUGGAAUAUUUGUGAUAUUGUACAUGGGAUGCUUAAGAUACCUUUAAGAACAAUCUUUCUAACAUUCUCAGUUUUGUAUAACUAAUGUUAAAUAUCAAUCUGUCAUUGAAUUAUAUUGCAGUCUUAUUAUGUUAACGUAUAGUAAAGCAUUUGAAAUACA